GCAAACGUCCGCUCCAACGUCUGGUCCGAUUUCUAAAGUUAGCGCUGAAGACGCGGGCGCUCUGCGUCGCUAAGUAGCGGGCAGAGCGCUCCAAAUCGCCCUGGAAACACGUUUUCCGUACAGCAACAUGGCCGCGCCCGUCGGCUCGUAGAAAAGGAGAAAUUGCUUUGCUGUGCAAGUGGCGUCUUUCAUGACCACUCUUUAGAAGGGUGCUGUUUUCAUAAUGCAAGUCUGGGAGGCGUCGUGCAAUUUUCUGACAGAGGAAGCAGUGAGGACACUAUCUUGAAUGACUCCCUGACUUGGAGGAUGUGGACCUAGUGGCCAGAUUCAAGGACCAAACAGAAAGUUGUGUGGAGGGCCCAGGAAGAUGGGAGGAUUCAAUUGAGAUUCCAGAAAUAAGAUCAAGUUUUAAUUCUCUUUUGCUAAAUUGGCUGAAAAUUUUGAAUUAACCCUGAAAUUAAAAGUUUAUAUUAAAACAUUACAUUUUUUUCUUAAUGUAUCAUGAAUGUCAAAUUUUCUUUUGUUUAAAUGUCAAGUUUAUAUUCUUAUAUGUGAAAUCUACCUGUGUAUAUGAAGUGUAUUUUUAUGGAAAUGCAGGACAUUUAAGAACUUACCUGGAAAGUUGGGUUUUAUAUCUAGACCUUAAUUUCCAGAGGUUUUUUUUUUUUUUUUUUAAAGAAGAAAAUGUCUGUGGUGCAUCAGCUGUCACCAGGAUGGUUACUAGAUCAUCUUUCUUUCAUUAACAACAUAAACUAUCAACUUCACCAGCAUCACGAGCCUUGUUUGACCUCUUUUGGAACCUCUACUACGUUUAUUGCUUUUGACUCUGCCUCUAAGCCAGAUUAUGAUGACAGAGGAAAUAGUGAAGUCUUCAUACAGAAAUAUGUUUUUCGAUCUGAGCUAUUUAAUGUCACCAAACCUUACAUAACUCCAGCUGUUCACAAAGAAUGCCAACAAAGGAAUGAAAAGGAGGAUCCAAUGAGUGGUGUUAAAGAAGAAAACUUCAAUUCUAUUAUUGGAAAGAAGCGUAAAAGAUGUGUUGUUUUCAAUCAAGGUGAAUUGGACGCUAUGGAAUACCAUACAAAGAUCAGGGGACUGAUUUUGGAUGGCUCUUCGGAGUUAAUCCAAGAAGGCCUCAAAAGUGGCUUUCUUCAUCCACUUUCUGAAAAAUGGAACAAGUGUAGUGAGCCCAUUACUUUACCACUUGAUACCUGCAAUUUGUCAGAAUUAUGUGCAAUGGCAAAGCAUUUGCCUUCUCUGAAUGAAAUGGAACUGCAGGCAUUACAAUUGACGGAAGAGGAUAUGUCUGUUACAGAACAGGAUUUAUUUUCACGGAUUGUUGAAAACAACUCUAGCUUUACAAAAAUCAUUACGUUAAUGGGACAGAAAUACCUGGUGCCACCAAAAAGCCGUUUUCUUUUGUCUGACAUUUCUUGCAUGCAUCCACUUCUGAACUGUAGGAAAACAUAUGAUGUAAUUGUGAUAGAUCCACCAUGGCAGAACAAAUCAGUUAAAAGGAGUAACAGGUACAGUUAUUUAUCACCACUGCAAAUAAAGGAGAUACUUAUCCCUAAACUGGCUGCUCCAAACUGCCUUGUUAUUACUUGGGUGACCAAUAGACAGAAGCACCUGCGUUUUGUAAAGGAAGAACUUUAUCCUUCUUGGUCUGUUGAGGUAGUCGCUGAAUGGCACUGGGUAAAAAUCACCAAUUCAGGAGAGUUUGUGUUCCCAUUAGAUUCUCCACACAAAAAGCCUUAUGAAGGUCUUAUACUGGGGAGAGUUCGAGAAAAAACUGCUGUACCAUUAAGGAAUGCAGAUGUAAAAGUGCUUCCUAUUCCAGAUCACAAGUUAAUUGUCAGUGUGCCCUGUACUCUUCACUCACAUAAGCCACCGCUUGCUGAGGUUCUAAAAGACUAUGUCAAGCCAGAUGGGGAAUGUUUGGAAUUGUUUGCUCGAAAUUUACAGCCGGGUUGGACUAGUUGGGGCAAUGAAGUUCUCAAAUUUCAACACAUGGAUUAUUUUGUUGCUCUGGAGUCUAGAAGCUGACUGUGGUCUUAAAGUUGUGAUUUUCUUCAGUUUUUCCCCAUCCCUUCUUCCUUCAUUCUAACUGAUUGUUCCUUUUCUUACCAACCAGUAUGCUUAGAAAUGUAAACAGGACUUGGUUUUUCUGCAAAAGACCAUAAGUGACUAGUCUUUAUGUAAUUUUGAGAUGAAUUUACUUCAGUUGCAUUAGUAUUCCCCAUUAUUCCAGAUUCACUGUAAAUAAAAAGUCAAGCAGUUAGAAAAACGACAAGACUUUGUUAUUGAAAAAGUUCAGAAAGCAUGCACUGUGGACCAGAGGUCAUAAUUCUGCCCAUGGAUAUGUUUUGUUUGGCCCUAUGGUGUUGUAAAAAAAAUUUAAACCACCAUUCUAAAAAAUGAGGGAAUUUCACAUAAAGUCUAGAUUUCUGCUUUUCUUUAAACAUCAGAAGCUCUGGCUGCACUGUGGUCUGUAUUCUUUCCUGGCAUCAGUAAGUAGGAACCACUGGUAGCAGCUCACUUGGGAAGGGACCUACCUGUGUUUUGCAGUUUACUAUAGUUAACACUUGCUCCGUGCUACUCACUUGUGUUGUCUCCUUGGCCCCUGUGCAACCUAAACUUAUGACCUUCGGUAUACUGUUACAUUCUGGAAAAAAUACUGAAAGACCUACCAAGUCAUCAUUGUGUUGUGUUUAUGAAACAUUUUAGAGGGUUUUAAAUUGCAUUCAAGGUCACUUUUCAAGUGCUUCAUAGUUUUGCUUUGUUU